UAACUGACUUGCCUAGUUAAAUAAAGGUAAAAUAAAUACAAAUUUACACCCCUUGGUCUGAGUGAUGAAAGCACUUGGUCUUUAAGUUUGUAGAUCAGUGGAAACGAAUCGGAGAGAGAUUAGAGAAUAGACGCACAAUGAGAUUCCUAUCGAAAGUAAAAGUAAUUCGAUGCCCUGGGUGCGACGCGAACAGACAGACGCACGACAAAACGGCAACAAAGUGCACGGAGUGUUCAAGGACAGCUAUAGCUUAAUGCAUGGAUCAUAUAGUUGGUCAUAUAGUGGAAGCUGUUGCGUUUUAACCGAGGGGAUGGAGACUCUCGAUGCCCGCCGGACAGGUGCCAGGAUGCAGGAUAUGGACAUCAUGGAUCUGCACCCCUCCCUUACACCUGAGGUUGAAGACUUUCUGCCAGAAUUAGACCUGGAUGGCUUUCUGGAACACGAGGAUUUUCCUUUUGACUUCAAUGAUGCUCUGUUUGACCUGGACUUUAAUGUGGACAUACAGACUGGUGAGGUUGCCAUACCGACAGCUGUGGCCGAGCCAGGCGACCAGAAACAGAACUGCGAGACACAGAGAGCGCUUGGUGACGGACAGAGGAAGAGGAGAUCGACAGAGGCUGGUGAUGGACAGAGGAAGAGGAGAGCGACAGAGCUUGGUAACGGACAGAGGAAGAGGAGAGCGACAGAGCCUGGUGACGGACAGAGGAAGAGGAGAGCGACAGAGCCUGGUGACGGACAGAGGAAGAAAGCGACAGAGCCUGUGGACGGACAGAGGAAGAGAGAGACCCAGACAGACUCUCCCAUCAGAGGUUGUGCUGGUUCUCCUCCCCUCUCGGCCGUGACUCUCUCUUCUCCUCCUCCCAGACUUGUCCAGAUCGCUCCUUCUCUCUUUUACAUUCCUGGGUUUGGGACUGCUACUUUCAUCUCUUCGUGUAGCAAUGGCUCAGAGCUGCAGCUCGUUCAAGCCCCUGUUUUCGGCUUCUCAAGACCUCCCACCUACAUACUGAUGUCUUCUCCCUCGCUGUCUCCUAGAACCCUCGACGUCCUACCUCUCUCUCCAGUUGACGGCGCGUUAGCUCCAGACUCUAUGUGUUCGUAUCCUCCUGGGUCUCUGUCUGACUGUGCCAGCCAAGCCCUGCCUCCCCCCUCUGCCUCCCCCCUCCCCCCAGGACAGGUGAGUUAGUGUCCUCUCCCUGUCCCUCUGUCCUCUCCCUGUCCCUCUGUCCUCUCCCUGUCUCUCUGUCCUCUCCCUGUCUCUCUGUCCUCUCCCU